ACCAACACUGCGCCACAUGCUUAAGAAUAAAACUUUUUGUUGCCUUUUGCGGCUGAUUUGUCACUGCCCGAUUAUCUCGCCAGUUAAACCCUCCAUAUAUGAUAUUUAAACUAAAUCUUAAGAAGCCAUGAGUGCCAGCGAGGAGUUCCAGAGCUGGCUAAAUGAGCAGCUGCGAAAACUGAAUACGGACGAGAACAUUUUCGGGUCGUAUAUUGUUGGCAUUUUGGAAGGCGAUGAAACGACUGAGGAAAAAACCGAGGCUCUCGAAGGCAUUCUCAGCGAAACUGGGGCUGCCAAUAUCGACGAACUCGUGGGCACCAUUCUCCAGAAAUGGCUACAAAGUCAUCCCAGCGCCGAUGAUCCGCCCAAGAAAGGUCUGGACAUCGAUGUGAAUGCCCAAUUGGCCAAGUUGCUGGAGCAACAGAAGCUGCAACCCGCCGUAAACAAGGAGCGCGAAUACACGGAGGAGGAGCGCCGCAUCAAGCAGCAGAUUCUCGCCCAGUACUCCCAGACUGCUGUUGUGAACCAGGAUGAUGACGCUUCCGAGUCGGAAAGUGAUGAUGAAAGUGGAGUCCUCGCCAAGAAUACCAACAAAUCCGAUGUCCAGGCGCUCGCCAAGGAAAAACGGGAGCAGGCUCGAAUGGACAGCGCCGCCAAAAAGCAAAAGGACAAGGACGAUCGCGAAAAGCAGAAGCAACUGCGCGAGGAAAAGAAGGAGAAGCGCAAAACCGUCAAAGGCGAGCGGCGUCGGUAACCGUCCUCAAGUGCAAAUUUUAAGUCUCUUCCUAUACAAACCGAUUUAUACAACUUUGUAAAGUACUUAUCGCUUAUAUGCAAAGGCAGACAGAAAGUGUUUGCAUAUAUACGAUAUUUGCAGCAGAGCUAAAUAAAAUACAGUAACUGUCAACAUGCGUUGCAUAUAGGCGAAAUUAGCAUAUAAUGCAUAUAAGCGAUGUAUAAUGAAUGUAUUACAAUUGAAACACCAAAUUUUUAAAUUGA